GUUCCUUUCGGAAUGGUAAAGAUUUCAGUCGAUUGUCAGGGUUAUGCACCAGCUGGAUAUGUUGCCGAUGCCAAGGCUCAAGUUUUCGGUCUGAGCCCUUUACACGACUCAGGAAUUGGAAGCGCGCCAGGCUCUUAUGGCAACUUUGAGAUCAUGCCCAUGCGAUGUCCUCAGGGUUUAGAUACUUGUAACACUACAGUUGAAGAAAGAAUGAAAUACCGGGCUGCAGGCUCUGAUGAAGCAGCACCUGGAUACUUUUCCAGCACCUUGAAAGACCCUAUGAUCAAGCUAGAGGCCACUUCUACGCGCAGGGCCGGUUUGGAGCGAUUCACAUUUGAGCCUGAUAGUGGGCAAAAAGCCUAUUUUGUGCUGGAUUUGGCCCAUGACAUAUCCCUCACUUUUGAAGGAGGGCAGAUGGAGAUUGAUCCAAAGAAAGGACGUAUCAAACUGGGAGGAAGAUGGGGGCCAAGCUUCGGAUCAGGAGGCGUCUAUCAAGCAUUUUCGUGCUAUGACGUCACACAAAAUGGAGAAACUCCAUUGGAUGAAUUUGGAGUGAAUUACACCACAAAGAUACAACCUGGCCAGACCAAACUCGACAUGCCUUCCGCCAAUGGGGAAGCUGGAGCCGUAUUCUCAUAUCCGGCCGGGAUCAACAUCAUCAACAUCAGGGUGGGUACUUCGUUCGUCUCUGCAGAUCAAGCCUGUAGGAACGCGGAAGAGGAGAUUGGCGAAAGAUCAUUCGAUCAGAUUCGAGAACAGAGCGUGAAAAUGUGGAAUGAGCGUUUAGAAAUCUUAGAAAUUCCAUUGGAGGAUACUGAAGAGGACAUUGCGGUAAUGAUAUACUCGAGCAUGUAUCGAUCUUUUUUGACCCCAAACAAUGCAACGGGCGAGACGCAAGGCUUGUUCGAAAAUACCACAUCGCCCUACUUUGACUCCCUCUAUUGCUCAUGGGACACGUCCCGUACGUUCUUUCCAUGGAUGAAUCUUCAUUCACCUAGAGAAAGUGCGCAGCUUGUUGAAGGAUAUAUCGAUGGCUGGCGCAAGACUGGUGUAAUUCCUGAGUGCCGCAGCAAUAACCUGCCUGGAUAUUCUCAAGGUGGAGCCCACGGCCUCAAUAUCAUGGCUGACUUUGCGCUAAAGUACCACAAGCAAGCUGCUGACCUCGGAGUGGACCUCCACGAGAUGUAUACCGCGAUGAUUUCUGAUGCUGAGAAUACACCUGAUAAUUGGGACUUUGGCGGACGACAGGUCAAUGUUUGGAAAAAAUUUGGGUAUAUCCCUUACGGAUAUGAUGAUCCAACCAGCACUGGGCAUGUCACACGUGAAGUUAGUCGAACAUUAGAGUAUUCGUGGAACGAUUUCGCUGUCAAUCAAGUAGCUCGCCUUCUGGGUAACCUCACAGACGCCGCAAAGUACGAGACUCGAGCUCUGUGGUAUCGCAAUGUAUGGAAUCCAGAUAUCGAAAGCGAUGGCUACAAAGGAUUCUUCCAAAGACGAGAUGAAAAUGGCGAAUUUUAUUACACAGAUCCAAAAGCCUGUUCCCCCAAAGACCCGGUCAAAGGAAGAUCGUGUUAUUUUGAUUGGACGGAUAGCACAGGGUUCUACGAAAGUAGCCCAUGGGAAUAUAGCUUGUACGCGCCCCACGACACAGCACAUCUGAUCGAACUUCAUGGGGGCAAGGAGAUCUUUGCGAAAAGAUUGGACCAUUUCUUUGAUGCAGGCUAUUAUUCUGCAGGGAACGAGCCCAGCUUUCAAGCCCCAGGAGCCAUGGCCACUUUCUUGCUGUUUCAUCUAUUGGGUUUGUUCCCUGUUCCCUCAACAACUCAAUACCUGGUGCUAUCACCUUGGGUAUCAAGGUAUACACUUCACAAUCGCUAUCUCAAUGUUGCAACCACCGUUCGAGUAACUGGUUUCGACAAAAGGAGUUUAGUUUACCCUAUACCAAAGGGCGUAUCUGCUUAUGUGAAGGAUGUCAGAUUCAAUGGAAAUGGUACAUUGUCGCGGUGUUUCAUUGACUUUCACAAAGUCUUUACUGUCGGUGGAGAUUUAGAAAUAAUCUUGACGGCAGACCAGAAAGAAGCUCAAAGUUGCAAUGGACAUCUUCCUGACUCCCUCUCAACCGGCGGAUUCAAAGGUGAUUCUUAG